AUGCCUGCAAAGGGACGAAAGAAGGCCAACACCGAGCGCAACCAGCGCAUGCUUGCUGGAAAAGCAGCUAAGGCCAACCAGGAGAAUGUGCCUCCGGUCAACCAAAAGCUGCAGGAGACAGAGAAGAAGCUUCAGGCGUCAGAGAGGCUGAAUCUGAAGCUCAAACGUGAGAACCGGCAACUGAAGGCAGCAAUGAAAGAUCUACGCACCGAGUUACGAAAUACGAGACAACGGGAGAAAAGGCAGCGAGCCGCAGCUGCAAGCGCGAAGCGCCUGAAUGCGGAGCUUAAGGCCCAGCUCAUUCUAACAGAGAAGAAGGCUGAGGAGAGGGUCAGAUUGGCACUUAUGGACAAGUCACGGAAUAUCUCGCAUCUCGAGAAGUCAUUGCGCGACGCAGAGAAAAAAUUGACGCAGGCGGUCGUUGCAAACGAGCAGUCAUCAGCGCAGUCGUCGAAGAAGCAGGAGGAGCUUCGCAGUGUCCGCCAGCACGUCCAUAACCUGCAGAAGAUGCUUGGGCGCGCGCGAGCGACCAACCGGAGACAAAAGAAGAAGUCAGGCCCGUCGACACGCUGCUGGAACAUGAAGACAAGGCAUGCCUUCGAUAUCAAGAUUCGCGCAUUGGUGCGAAGCCUGAUUACCGCUGGAUGUAGCCAGAACAGAGUCGGGCGGCUCGUACAAGAUGUUGCUGCAACAUUCGGGGUGAAGCUGAAGAAGAUCAUUAGUCGACGAACUGCUGGACGUAUCGUUCUCGAGGGCCUCGUCAUGGCGCGUAUACAGCAGGGACAUGAGCUUAGGCUUGCGAAGGAUCUCACUCUAAGCGGUGACAGCACGUCUCGCCGCAACCAGAACUACCAGUCUCAUCACGCCACGUACCGCGUAUUUGAGGUGCUACCUGACGGGUCUAGCCGUGUUGUAUGGCGAACCCGGUUCUAUGGCAUACGAGCUACAGUGGACCACACUGCGGGCAAGUCGAAGGAGUCAUGGUUCCGGGUCUUCGAAGAGAUCAUCAGCUUCUACAAUGACUCGCCACUCUGUGCACGUACCAACACGCUCGACCUCGCCCACAUAUGCGUCAUCCUCCGUGGUAUGUGCAGCGACCACGCAUCGGCAGAGAAGGCGACGGCGGACGCGAUGCGCGAUGCUAAGCACGAUGUUAUCAUUCAAAAACUCGGGGAGGAGAAGAAAGCGGACAUGCCUCUCGAAGAGUUCGGAGCCCUCGUUGAUAGUUGGAACGCAGAGAAGGUGAAGAAAGCGGGGGGAAAGGCGGCUUGGGACGCGCUCUCGAGCGAGGAGCGCGCCGUGCACGACCUUGCAACCAUUGACGCCAUGAUACGCAGUCUCGGAGAGAAGCGAUUGAGCGAGCUUCCAACGGCGGAUCGGCGGCUACUCACCUUGUUCGUCUGGACAGGGUGCUGUAUGCAUAAAGACCAAAAUUCGUUCAAGGGGGGGAAUACGGCGAUGAUGGCGACUUGGGAAAAGCUCGGCCUGUCGCCGCCCAUCCCUCUGGCGAACAAGGCAAAUGCCGCGGCAGUGCGCAAGGCGGUUGCGCCCCAGCUCGGUGACCGCGCGCUGACCGACGACGAGCUUGCCGCACUUGAAUCGAGUACUCGUGGAGGCGCCAAAGCGACCGCAUUGGCUGGGGCGAUAUUCAACAACCACAACGAUAAAAAGGGCCAAGGCGACACGCACAUAAACGUGAUGAGCUUCAUGCUCGACCCAGACCUUGACAGGCUUGUUCGGUCCUUCCCCCACACGAGUAACACGCGCUUCGGCAGCCAUGGCGAGGCGGCGGGCGAGCUGCUUGUGCACCUUCCCCAGUACAUCGCUUUCCUGGAGUUUAUGAAGACUAAAAAGACGUCAGACAGUUGGACGAACAUGGAGCUCAACGUGUACAACGCCCUCCAUGAUGGCCCUACACUUACCGAACUCUCAGUCAUGGCGCUGUAUCAGCAGCUCAUCACCCAUCCCUACAUGCGCAUGGUGCGCGCCGACGAGGACGACCAGCUCAACGCUAUCGACCUUGGUCCCCUUCACGCCGACCUGCGCGAGCACUGCCAGCGCCUGAUCGACGCCCCCGACCUCAUCCUCGACUUCGCUGCGGACAGCCAUGUCGAAGCUACCCUCGACGGCGAGCCGUUCGAGAGGCCCGAAGUUGUCGAGGCCAUUGCCCAGUUGGACAGGGAAGGGAGGCUGGCGAAUCUGCAGCAGCUUUUCGUUAGCUUUAUAGAGGGUGCGAAGGUGACGUGGCUGCGAUUCUCGUCCGAAUACGCACCGGGCGGGGUGAUUGACGGAAUGACCGCUGAUGAGCGGUCGCACGUCUUCCUCAACGCGACUAACGACCGAAAUGAAGGGGCGCUCGGCGCGUGGUGUGUCUGGGCGCGCAAAUUUUCGACGUCUACCAUGGAUAAGCAUAACGCGAUUGCCAUGUACACGACAAACGAGACUCAACAAUUUUCCGACGAGCAUUUUCAAGACGCCGACCACGUCUACGUUAUGCGUAAAGCGCGGGAGCACGACGCAUCAGGCGUGGAGCGCAAGCGACGCAAGGAGCAGGCUGAGUUCGAGUGCGAGAUGGUCGAGAUGAAGCGGCGAAGGAUUAUGGCGAGGGCGGCGAAGAGGAGCAAGAAGGAAGCUCUGCUUGCCAGCACACCAGAGGUCAAGAGCGAGGAGGAGAUCAUGCGCAUGACGGGGAAGCUGAUAGACCUUCAAUUUGCGAAGCUGAAGUCUGUAUGGGGCCCCAAGCUUACGCUCCCACCGGGUCGAUGGAGUAUGCCGGUCGAGUCGAAGAAGCUCGCGCUAGUGGAGGUCUUUAGGCAGCACUUGCGGUUGAAGGUGGAUGGUGCAUCGCAGGCGAUCAAUUCGGGGCUAGAGGAUGUUUCUGAAGCUGUGGAGAUCACGACGGAUGCUUGGUACGAGGAGGAGGACGAGGAGAUGGACUGGGACGGACGACCUACCGCGGCUCUUUGGGAUACUUGCCCCGCUCAGCAAGCAGACAGGCUCGAUGGCGCUGCCGACGAUUGGACGCGCUUCAAUCGCGACGUCGCAGCCCGCAUGCCCUGUCUCACGCACCUGGACCUGCGCUGGAACGAGCCUGCAAGCGCGCACGAAGAGGAGGUCGUCUCACUACUCCAGUCGCUGCCCAACCUCCGCAAGAUCACCCUCCCCCGCUACUACCUCACGAGCAAGGUCGCCGAGACGCUCUCGCAAGGCCACGAGAACCUCGGGAUCAUUGAAUUUCAGUACAUGGAGGCUCAGGGGUGUGGGGAGGCCUCUGACAUCUAUACCUUCGCACCCACCUUAUCCUCCGGCGCAUUCCCCGCACUCUACGACCUCUCUCUCACCUCGUCCUUCAUCGAUAUGUGCAACUUCCUCGCACGCGGACACGGCCCUACCCACCUCACCAUGAUGUACAUCCACUCCUUUCGGCUUGAGACACCAGGCGACAUUCGCAAGCUGCUCUGCGCCGUGCGCGACACGUGCCCCCAGCUGCGCGAGCUGUCACUGCUCUCUGCAGUCGACGUCACGCCCGAGCGGCCCCAGGCGGAGGACACGGCGUCGCUGGAGACGCUCCGGCCGCUGUUCGACUGUGACAGCCUGGUGAACUUCGAGAUCCUGCUGCAGCACCCGCUGCGGCUGACCCUAGGCGACCUGGAAGAGCUCGCGCGACGGUGGCCGUCGCUGGAGAAGCUAGUGCUGAACAGCGAGCCGCCCGAGUCAGCGUCGGCGCCGCUCACCCUGCGCGCGAUUUUGCCCUUCGCUGCGCACUGCCCGCGCCUGCGUACGCUUGGGCUCUUCCUCCAUGCAUCGCGACACGACAUCCCCACCGCAUACAUCGACCCGUCGACCGACAAAAUAACCUCCCUACCUACCUUCAAGGAGCCUAUCAUACUCUCCAUGGGCGUCUCCAUCAUAGACGAGGAGGAUAUUGAGCAAGUGGCACUCUUCCUCAGCCAGGUUUGCCCCGUUGGCGCGGACCUGGAGGCUGGCGUCACCUGGGAGCUCAACGAGGACGAGGCGGCACAUAUGGACGCGGAUAUGGCGGGCAUCAUCGACGGGCGGUGCGAGAAGUGGAACCGGGUACGGGAAUUCCUGCCGCUGCUCACCCAGCUGCGGCAGCAGGAAUCGGAGCGCGCCAGAAUGCUGGAGGACAACCUGCGCGAGCUGUCCAUGCAGAACGAGCGCCUGAUGUCUGCAGCGAAGGCGGCCAAUUUGGAGAUUCCAACCUCGUCAUCUUCGAAAAUUAAACCCGCAGACGAGCGCGACGCCUCCUGGUCGCUCAAAUCCGUCACGCACUACCUCCGCGGCUUCGUGUCCCGAAAAAAUCGCAGGAGCAGCAGAUGAACGCCAACACACCAUACGAAAGAGAACGGACUCCCUACAGAUGCAGUCGUGCAUUUCUGUCGCCCCAGAUACGCAACAAAGCUAUCCCUCGCUUGCUUUUUGCUCUACCCAGCUUUUCGCGCAGAACAAUGUUGUAUGGUAAGGAACCCCUGCAUGGCGUUUGGACUCCCGUGUAGGCGCCCGGACUUGAUGGCUCACAGCAGCUAGCAGUUAUACCUUGGUUUGAUCCACGAUUUGGUUUACAGUAACAUAGCUUCCAUCCUUAGGGUAUAUUGGCUUGCGUCGUCAGCAGUACAUGGUCUUCCAUUGUUCGUACAUAGCAUUGAUGUUGAUAGUACAGUGAAUAAGUGUACAUUUGCGAUAUCCGCACAUAUAGCACGCUCAUUUGGCUGCA